AUGGGGUUGAAUGAAAAAGACUUGCGACUAGUGAUGUCGAGCAUCUAUGGCCUCACUAGAGAUACAAUCGAACUGAAGGGAAUGAUAAAGUUACCAAUAACUUUAGAAACAACACCCGUUACUGCCAAAUCCAUGGCUGAUUUUGUAGUAAUCAAUCAACAUUCGGCCUAUAAUGCAGUGAUAGGUCAUCCAAUUCUGAAAGAGAUGAAGAUAGUUACUUCAAUCUACCAUCUCACCAUGAAAUUCCCCACCCCCACGGGUGUGGGAUCAGUGCGAGGAGUCGAGGAGGAUUCAAGAGAAUGUUAUAAUACUGCGUUAAAAAUCGCAGAAAAGAAGAAGUCAGUAAAUGUUAUUUAUUUGCUCAAGGCUCCUCUCCUUCGACAUGAAUUUUUUAGAAUCGAAGAAAUACCGCAUACUGAGAAACCAGACCUAGAUCCUAGGAUCCUUGACUACACCAACAUUGCGCAAGCCGCAGAAGAAACAAUCGAUCAAGAAAGGCUUGUCACUUUUCUCAAACAAAAUCUGGAUGUUUUUGCGGGGAAACAUUCAGACAUGGUCAAAAUACCGCCUGAGGUCAUGUGUCAUCGCUUGAACAUCAACCUUGAUGCGCGAAGAGUACGACAGAAGCGCCGUAAGAUGGAUCCCGUGAGGUACCAAGUGCUUAAGGAGGAAGUAGAUCGCUUACUGGCAUGCGACUUCAUAAAGGAGUCAUUUUAUCCAAACUGGUUAGCUAAUCCUGUUCUUGUACUAAAGCCCAAUGGCUCAUGGCACACGUGCAUCGACUUUACAGAUUUGAAUAAAGCUUGUCCAAGGACAACUUUCCUUUACCUAGCAUUGACCAGCUUGUUGAUGCCACCGCAGGUCAUGAACUCCUUAGUUUUAUGGAUGCGUACUCGAGAUACAAUCAAAUUCCGAUGUACGAACUAG